GUAUGUACGAGUCUACGAUUUUGGAAGCUGUCUUGCAAGGACUCAGAGAAUGAGUAGCCUCAUAUCCUGCGUUGCAUGGGUUAAACGGGGCGCGGCGGCACAACAUCCACGAAAGUAUGUUCUCGAUGAGAAGGAAUUGGAGAGAGUCAGUGCCCUUGCACACAUCGAGCUUGAAGAUGCACGGGUAGAGCUGGAACGCGCACACAAGGCUGCGAUAAAAAUGGGUAAAGGUGCAGAAGGUGAGGAGGCGGAUGAUAACGACGAAGACGAGGAUGAGGACCAGUGGGUCGAUGAGGAGGAGGACUCGAUGGCUGUAGAUGAAGAAAAGCCAAAAAAACUAGCAGAACCCUCUGCAAAAACGGACGAUUUGUCCCAGUAUAACCUUGAUGACUAUGAUGACGACGACGAAGCUACAGGCGGCUUCGGACCAUUCAGCAACAUCAAGGGUUUGACCUUUCACCGCGAUAAUGCGGAUGAUCCUUACAUCACCGCAAAAGAGGACCCUGAAGACGAGGAGAGGGAAGAACUAGAGAUUCUUCCAACUGACAACCUCAUUGUCGCUGCCAAAACCGAAGACGAUGUCUCACAACUAGAGAUCUACGUUUAUGACGACUCUCAAGAGAAUCUCUACGUUCAUCAUGAUCUCAUGCUCCCCAACUUCCCUUUGUGCCUUGAAUGGCUUAACUUCUCACCUGCUUCGUCUUCUGGAAUGGAAACGGACGGACCCGCCAAGUUUGGUAAUUAUAUCGCUGUCGGGACGAUGGACCCUGAGAUCGAGAUAUGGUCGCUCGAUGUCAUAGAAAGUAUGUACCCGGACAUGGUCCUUGGGCGACCCGACAAAACCACCGCCCAUGUUCCCGUACCGGUGGGCACGGGAAAGAAGAAGCGGAAGAAGAUGAAGCAACGGCCGCGGUCUAGCGUACACCAUGUUGACGCUGUAUUGGGCCUCUCGUGGAACAAGACGCAUAGACAUAUGUUAGCCUCUGCGUCAGCAGACCAGACGGUAAAACUAUGGGAUCUCAGCCGCACACCCGUGGCAGACGAAGAGGGAACUGGGGAAAGCGUGCCUGCUGUGCGGAGCUUUGAAGUGCACAAGGACAAAGUACAGGCUGUCCAGUGGAACGAAAGGGAACCUACCGUUUUGUUGUCUGGAAGCUACGACCGGACGGUACGUGUGUUCGAUUCGAGAGCACCAGACACUGGGGUCGGUUCCGUGCUUGGUUCGGACGUUGAAGCUAUUAGAUGGGAUCCAUGGGAGUCCCAUGCGUUCUAUGUUUCCCUGGAGAACGGUCUCGUGCUUAAUUUUGAUGCGCGCACAUUACCCACAGACCUAGCAUCUCCAUCCCCUGCGCGGUUCACAGUAUCCGCGCAUGAUGGCGCGGCGUCGGCACUGGACGUCAAUCCAUUGAUUCGUGGUUGUAUAUGUACAGGAGGUGCCGACAAGGUAGUCAAGGUCUGGAAUGUCGACCAAACCGAAGGCAGCAAGCCGUCGGUGAGCAUGGUGGCUUCAAGAAACAUGGAAGUUGGAAAAGUCUUUUCGGCAGUUUUCUCUCCAGACGAUCCUCUCACUAUUGCUGCUGCGGGUUCAAAAGCUAAGCUGCAGAUCUGGGACGUUGGCGCCAACGCUGGUGCGAGGAAAGCUUUUGCAUCAAAAUUGGUGGAAGCCGGGAAGAUGGUAAAAGAAAGAGAAAGCAGCGGCCUAAUUGGUGUUGUCAGUGAUGACGAGGAAGAUACCGAUGCGGAUGGAGACGCAGGCGAAGAUGAUUCAUAAAGUUGAAAUUUUACGUAGUAAACAUGCAGGGU